GUGUUGUUGCUUGGUGUCAUCACUUUGGUGUUGUUGUCUUGGUGUCGUCGCUUGGUGUCAUCGAUUUCGUGUUGUUGUCUUGGUGUCGUCGCUUGGUGUUGUCGAUUUGGUGUCAUUGUCUUGGUGUCAUCGCUUGGUGUCGUCACUUUUAUGUCAUUGUCUUGGUAUCGUCGCUUGGUGUCAUCACUUUCGUGUCAUUGUUUUGGUGUUGUCACUUGGUGUUGUUGAUUUGGUGUCAUUGUCUUGGUGUCGUCAUUUGGUGUCAAUUUGGUGUCAAUUUGGUGUCGAUUUG